UACAAACAAGUUGUCGACGAGGCAGUUGUUGUGUUCCCAACAAUCAGCACUCGGGCUCAGUACUUCGUGAUAUCACCAUAAGUACAGUCGUUGCAACAAUGUUGUCUGUAAUAUUGUUAUUUAUAAGUGCAUUAUUAUUUGCUAUUUAUAAUUUCUUCAUAAAAUAUAGACAUUAUUGGAAGAAAAGAAAUAUCCCAGAAGUUCACGGUGUUAUGUGGAAAUUUAUCACAGGCAAGAAAUCCUUAGCAGAAAUUCAUAAAGAAAUUUAUUACUCUUACCCCGAUGAAAGCAACAUCGGUCUGUAUAAUGGACUAAAACCCGCUUUAAUUAUAAAGGACCUGGAAAACAUACAAGCUGUGUUACUCGGCGAUUUCCAAAGCUUCUUCAGCCGCGGUUUAAACACGAACCAAAAUGAUUUACUAGCGGACAGUGUACUUUUUAUGGAAGACUACGAAAGGUGGAGAAUUGUAAGAUAUAAAAUCACACCGGUAUUUACUAUGAAAAAACUCAAAAAUAUGUUUUACAUAAUGGAGCGAUGCGCCAGAGAUUUUAUAGAUUUUAUAGAAAAUAAUCAAGAGGCAAUGGACAAACCAUUCAACGCUUUGUAUACGUACACCACGGCUUCACUCACUGCAUCUAUUUUUGGUAUUGAGGCGAAUACUAAAAACACUAUGGAUUCACCUUUUAUAGAUAUGGCUUCAAAGGCAACCGCACCGUCUUUCUCGACAAAUUUAAAAUUCACCCUAGCCAGUACAGUUCCGAAGCUGUUCAAAUUUCUAAAAUUGAAAUUCUUCGGUGAUCAAGAAUCUUAUUUUAUAAAUGUCGUAAAGCAAGUAUUGAAGGAGCGCCGCAGACACAAUGACAAGAGACACGACUUCAUAGAUACUUGCAUUGAGUUACAAAACGAAGGUGUUAUGCAAAAUUUAACAACGGGAUAUCAGUUGAUUCCAUCUGAUGAACUGAUGGCGGCGCAGGCGUUCUUUUUCUUCAUCGCCGGUGCUGACACAUCCGCGCAUUCGAUGCUCUUUGUUUUGUUGGAACUUUCUGGAAAUCCGGGGAUACUUAAAAGGUUACAUAAAGAAGUUGAUGAUGUUUUUGAGAAAUGUAACGAAAAAGUAACCAUUGACGACAUCGAAGAAUUGAAAUAUAUGGAUAUGGUAAUGAAUGAAGCAUUCAGAAAGUAUCCAACAAUCGGUACGAUACAAAGAAGAUGUACUAAAACAACAACUCUGCCCGUGGGACAAGUGAGAAUUGAAAAGGACGUGCAAGUCAUUAUACCGAUAUACGCGAUACACCGAGAUGAAAAGUAUUAUCCUAAUCCAGAUGUAUUUGAUCCUGAAAGAUUUUCUCCAAAAAAUAUUUCCAACAUACCUAAGUAUGCUUAUCUGCCGUUUGGUGAAGGAAAUCGGAUUUGUAUUGGAGCGAGAUUUGCUCGUCUACAAUUAAAAGUUGGCUUGGCGUGGCUUUUGAGACGGUACACAUUGAAGGAACAAGUGUACGAUCCAAAAUAUUUUGAACCCAGCUUCUUCGCACUGAGAGAUACUGCAGCUCGCAUUAACUUCAUUCCAAGAAGAGCUUAAAAUUGUCAUUUAAUUUGUAUUUACUAAUAAAAUGUACCACUUAAAUAUCCUGACCAGGAAUAUAUCUAACUAGUUAGCACAUUAGAGAGCGAUAUAAUAAAAAGUCGAUUGGAGCGCCCCCUAGUAAAGGUUUUUAUAUUUUUUGUUAAGCCAUAUUCUUAUUAAAAAAAAAUCAUACUGUGA